UUAUAAAAGCCUGAGAAUCGUCAUCAUAACAAUAACAAUAAAAAAAACUGGGGCCCUAAGAUUUCCUCCCUCCUCCUUCUCCACCUCCCCUCCCUUUUCCACUGGGCCCUGGAAAAGCCAUGAAUUUUGAAUUUGAGAGGGAGAUCGGGUUUAUAAAUAGCCAGCCUUCGCUCGCAGAGUGCCUGACGUCUCUUCCCGCUGUCCUGGAGACAUUUCAAACUUCAUCAAUCAAGGACUCGACAUUAAUUCCACCUCCUUUUGAGCAAACCUUCCUCAGCCUGAAUCCUUGUUCCAGCAACCAGGCGAGACCAAGAAGCCAAAAAAGAGCAACGCAUGGCCUGGUCCAGCAGCGCCCAAUCCAUCUUGGCCCUUUGGCCGCAGAAUUCCCCUGGAUGAAAGAGAAGAAAUCAACCAAGAAAGCUACCCAGACUCCAUCCUCCUCUUCCUCUUCGCCAUCCUCUUCCUCCUUCCCGGGAUCCGCGGCUGGCUCUCCUGCAGACACCCAGGGGCUCCCAGAGGCCAGCGCGGGCGGCUCCCGGCGGCUCCGGACUGCUUAUACCAACACGCAGCUCCUGGAGCUGGAGAAGGAAUUCCACUUCAACAGAUACCUGUGCAGGCCCCGUCGGGUGGAGAUCGCGGCGCUGCUGGACCUGACCGAAAGGCAGGUCAAGGUGUGGUUUCAGAACCGCCGGAUGAAACACAAGCGGCAGACCCAGCACCAAGACCCCUCAGACGGGGACCUCGGCUACCCCAACCUGGAAGAAGGCAACGACGAAGCGGAGGAGAACUCCCCGUUUGGCCAAGCCCUGGAGACCCCCUGCCCUUUUCAAACCAAAACCCAGCAGCUGCCCGCAAAGCCCCAGAGCCCCGGCUACCCAACGCCCACCGCCGAGCCGGGGUCCAUAAUGGAGCCGAGGGGGGCAGCGGGCAGCGUGGACAAUGCCUUCCCGGAGAGGCAGGAGUCUCCUUUGUUGCCAGAUCUGAGCAUCUUCGCCACAGAUUCCAGCCUCCAGGGCUCCCUGCAGAGCCCCGUCCACUUCUCGGAGGAAGACCUGGACUUUUUUACAAGCACACUGUGUACUAUAGACCUGCAGCAUCUGAAUUUCCAAUAACAGUCCCACCCAGGUCUAUCUGCCUUGGCCGUGUCGCCCCUUUCACACGCACCUCCACCAGCUCCCCACUGGACACCAGACUAUUUCUAUCAUGUAGCCAUGUACGGGCUCAUACCCCGUCUCCCCUCGCCCCCGCCCCCUUUAAAAUUCGUUCUAAUGUGGAAGUUAGAUCAUAAGAAUGGCCCAUCCUUUAAAUAGUUAUUCCGAUAGUCUCCAAAAUAAAAGGAUCCUAGGUGUUUACUAAAUUCAGGUAUUUAAUCACACUUUUAUUCUCUCUUAUUUAUUUAAAAGAAAUAAACAAACAACUCCCCACUUCACCCCUCACACACACACACACACACACACACGCACGAGAGAAAACAUUUGUAAAUCCUUCAAGUGACUUUCUCAGGAAUCCGAACGAAACUUUUAGAUUUCUUAAUAAAAAUAAAGAAUAAUAAAAAAAACAACCCGGAGGAAUUUUAUUUCCUCUUUUUUAAGUUUUAGAUGUAGACUAUUUAUUCAAAUCCUUUAAUAGUAAAUGGCAAAGUAUUUAUUGUACAUUAUUUUCAUAGAUUAAAUAAAUGUCUUUAUACAAUUAAAACCAUGUGUUACCAUUUUUAUAGCUCGUCUUUAAGAACCUUGUUCGUUUCCCCCCUGAACCUUCGCUUUCUUUCUUUGCGACUAUCUGCUGUUUUUUAUUCUCUUGCGUAGACUGG